CUUUUGGUAACGUGCCCAGGCCCCCUUACAGAAAAAGAUUUCACAGGGGCCCGGCAGCCCUGGACAUAUUGUCUGGCUAUUUAGAGGAAGAGGAGACUUUCUUGCACAUGUUUUAUUUAUCAAAUCUGCCAUAAAGAUCAUUUAGGGCGAAGACACACAGGGCAUUUAGUCACGGUGACUUUUUAAAAAGUUGGGGCAACUAAUUUGCGCAGCAAAAAACACGCACAAUUAGUUGCAGCGACUUAUACAGUAACCUGUGGUGGGAAAAUCGCAGCAAUUAGUUGCUGUGACCGACUUUUUAAAAAAUCAUUACUAAUCACUAAUUGCCCCAGGUGUCUUUGCCCUUAAGAGAAAGUCAGGUACAGACGGUUUAUAACCUGGAAUGGAUUGCACAAACUGUUCCCCCCCCCCUCUGUUCAUGACUUGGUAUGCCCCAGUUUGCUGGCUUUAGAGUUCAGCAGCUGUUUGGCAUGGUGCCAUCACCCAGUUCCCCCCCCCCCCUCAGUUCAUGACUUGGUAUGUCCCAGUUUGAUGGCUUUAGAGAUCAGCAGCUGUUUUAUAUGGUGACAUCACAGGCACACGAUGACAUCACAAUGGGAGAGAAAAGGCUUUCCCAUCACAUGAUUAGAAUACUGAUCAGUCAGUCAGCAGCGCUCAGAGGGAAAGGAGGCGACUCCAGACUCUCUGAAGCAACGCAGAAUGGCUAAAUCUUUAUUUAUACUUUUCAAAUUAAUCUUGUUUUUAUUUCUUGGAUUUUCCCAUUCAAAAAUCAACGUUCCCGUUCCCUAUGUAGCCACGUGGGUUCUGUUGAGGUAUUUCUUCUCCCAAAAUACAGAAGACGGGAACAGAUCAGAGUGGAGACCAUCAUGGCUGCGUCUCGCUCUGACGUUCUAUAUCGGAUACGUCGCGGGGAAAAUGGCCGUCCCCAUCAGCAUCUUUGUAGUAGGUCUGUUGGCCUAUUGGUGGCGCCAUCGUGAGGAAGAGACGGUGCCACGGCUGAAAAAGAAAGAGACGGGAGAAAUAAUAGUGAUUCCCCAGAUCUCCAUGGAAGAUUAUUAUCGGAAUAUCAAUAUGCUUGUCGAUAGGAAGGAAGAAGAGGACAAGCCAGAGGAGAUCUUACCAGUCGUGUGGCCUGGCAUUGCCCGGAUUCUGUAUACGGUAAGGGGCUCAUUAGAUACGGCGCCACUGAGUGUUAUAAAUGCGCUGAAUAUGAUCCCUAAUAUCUCUCUCUCUCUAUCCCCAAACCUACAGGAGACGGAUGAAGAUACCAGAAUCGAUGAUCUGAAUAAGGUUCUGGUCGAACUAUGGCCGUACUUCGGGCAGUACAUCAAGAACCUGCUUGUUGACUGGUACGAGCCCAUGAUCCGUGAGAAAUGCGCGUCGUUCCGCUUUAGCCACGUCGAUUUGGGCGAAAAGGUAACGAAUCCCACCCUAAUUAUCAUUCCACGGUCAUGUGACCGAUUCACAAUGAUACAUAGAGCCCCCCUUAUCCAACAACCUAACGCCCCGUGUUCUCCCCAGGUUCCGCUGAUAACUGGUACCAGACUCCAUAUACGGUCGGAGAGGAAACAGGUUGUUCUGGACCUUGAUUUGAGUUAUGAUGGAAAUGCCGCUGUGAAGAUCGCCCUGGGGAGAAGAUGCUUCCGAAUUGGGGCAAAGCAACUAGCGGCUGUUGGCACACUCCGAGUGGUACUGGCCCCACUGAUGGACGAGAUGCCGCUCUUUGGAUCCCUGACCUGGUACCUGCCCCGGCGACCGGAGGUAUUAGAGGUCAACUGGUCAGGGUUACGGCAUCUGUUGAAGAUCCCUGGAGUAUCGGAGUUUUUGGGGAAAGCAGUGAUGCACUGGGGCGUGGAGAACAUGUUCGUCGCUCCGCACUGUAUGCCAACCAAGUUACUGAAGAGCUUCCGAUUGGACCGAUUGUUCUUCCGAGUGACCAGGAAUAUCAUUCGGGUUCAUAUACUGGAGGCGGAAGAUCUGGUUUCGGAAGACUCAGGGAUAUUCUGUCCGUACGCGGUGAUAAGCGGCUCCCAACAGAAAGGCAAAACGAAAGUUGCCAAGAGAAGCCGCAACCCGAGUUGGAACCAGGCGUUUGAGAUGAGAUUUAAUGAUCUGCCAAUGCAGGAAAUAGAUAUUUCCCUGUUCCACCGCGGUGUGAAGAGAGAUCUGUGUUUGGGCAGCUGGACACUGGGCGUGGAAGAGGUCAUCUCCCAGAAAGCCAUAGAUAAGGUAGGAGUUAAAGGGGAUAUAAACCCCGCUGCACUGCUCAACCAAACUGUAUUUAUAAUGAAGUUUUUAUCUCAUUGGGGAAUUUUCUUGCACCUACAGUGGCUGCCGAUUCAGAACGCGGCAUCUGGGAGACUCCACGUUUUGCUUCAAUGCCUCGAGCUUGCCCGGGACACUACGGAGCUGCCACAGGUGAUGAUCACUAACCGAAUAUCUCGGCCGACACAGAUCAACAGGUUUUCCGCGGCCGUGAUCUUCAUCCUUGUGGAAGAGGGCAAGGAUCUCAGGGUGAAGAAUAACGUUGGGCUUCCUACAUCCCAUGCAGUGGUCAAGAUUGGGAAGAAAUCAUUCAGCGGCAAGGUAUGCCGUAAUACUGCGACGCCGCAAUGGAGGGCAAAGUCGUCCUUCCUAUUAGAGAAGCCGCAUAAUGAGAGCGUGAAGAUAACGGUGAAAGACAAGAACCACGGCAGCCUGGGAACUUUCACUCUGCAGCUCUCUGAGCUCCUAUUGGCUGAGAAUUUGACCAUGGAAGGCUGGCACCAGUUGGACGCAGCUUUCCCGCAGGGUUCUGUUUGGAUUCGCUUUGAGUUGAGGGUUUUGGUCCCGCCCAAAGAAGUUGAGUCUUUAAAUGACUCCUAAUGACCAAAACUGCCCUGUCGGCCUAAAAAGAAGACAGUAGGACAUCUAGGAAGAGUGGGGCAUCUGGGGCAGUGGGGCAGAGUCAGGACUGAGAGGUGCAGGGGUGGGUGGGUGGGAGGCCCCAAUAAGAAGCUGCCAAUGGGGCCUGAUGGGGUCUACAGUAUGGAUAUGACUGUUCCCCAUGGAUACAUCUCUGCCCCAUGGAUACGACUCUGCCCCAUGGAUACGUCUCUGCCCCAUGGAUACGACUCUGCCCCAUGGAUACGUCUCUGCCCCAUGGAUACGUCUCUGCCCCAUGGAUACGUCUCUGCCCCAUGGAUACGUCUCUGCCCCAUGGAUACGUCUCUGCCCCAUGGAUACGACUCUGCCGAUACUGCUCAGUCAGAUACAGAACUGAUUUUUGUCAACAUAACUUGUAUUUUAAUGACCUAUUUAUAAACAAUAAAACUAAUUAUUAAUAAACAUAGAGAUUCAGCUCUUAA